AUGCAAUCUUCUACUUCUUUAUCUUCCAACAGCAGUAAUGAUAGUCGACAAUAUCAUUAUGAAGAUGAAGAUGAAUUAACUUCCAAUGAACUUACAUCCUCAACCACCAAGUCUUCACUUUUCACUUAUCCUUCAUUUACAAGCUUUAAUACAUCUUCUUCUUCCUCUUCUUCUUCUUCUUCUUCUUCUUACUCAGCCAACAUAUCUAUCAAAACGAAUGGACAAAACAUCUUCAAAUCAGAAAGUUCAGGUUUUUUCUCUGGACCCACCCAUUUAUCUCAUCGACAAGUACUUCAAUGGGCCAAAGAACAAGAUUGUUGUGACGCUCGAUUAUUACGAUUACAAUCUAUUCCUUAUUAUCACCAUCAUCCAUUGGAUACCUCUUUUCCAACAAGUACAGGUAUGGUGAGUUUGAUUGAACCUACUGGUAUUUCCAUUAUCUCUGAUAUUGAUGAUACUAUCAAGGAAACGCAAAUUUUACAUGGCGCUCGAACGGUAUUGGCCAACACUUUUUUCAAUCCAAGUAAGGAUAUUUCUGGUAUGGCUGAAGCUUAUAUGAAAUGGUAUACACAAGGUGCUUCCUUUCAUUAUGUAUCCAAUAGUCCAUUCCAAUUAUUAUCUUUUCUUCACAAGUUCUUGAAUCAACAUCAAUUCCCACCUGGUAGUAUGCAUUUACGACUGGAUGGCAGUUUGAUGGCCCGAUUGAUUGAAAUUCCUGGACGAGCCAAACGAGACGCCAUUCUUACCAUCAUGAACGAUUUCCCUCAACGACAAUUUGUACUUGUGGGUGACUCUGGCGAAAUUGAUUUGGAAAUCUAUACAAAGAUCGCUUUGGAGAAACCUGGUCGUGUGCUCAAGAUCUUUAUUCAUGAUGUCACCACUCCUUAUUAUAAAAACAAGAAGAAAAAUGAUCAUCGACGGAACAGUAUGUCACUCUUUCCUACCAAACGUUCCACACUUGAACCGACCAAAACCUUGGCCGAGCUGGUCAUCGAGCCGUCUAUGUCUUCUUCAUUGAUGCCUCCCUCUCAACAAUGUAUACAACUCUAUGAUCGUGUUCGAAAAGCUCAAGAUCAAUUACCUCAUGUUGAUAUUGUCUUAUUCCAACAUGCUGAUCAACUCCGUGACGAUGCUACUAUCCAAGAUGCUUUAUGGCAACAUUGGGAUAAUCAAUGUAUUUUACCAUAG